AUGGCGGCUGGCAUGUAUCUAGAACAUUAUCUGGAUAGUAUAGAAAAUUUGCCAUUUGAACUGCAACGAAACUUUCAGUUGAUGAGGGACCUUGACCAGAGAACAGAGGACCUGAAGUGCCACAUAGACCGUCUGUCAUGUCAGUAUAUGAGCAGCGCCCGCUCACUGAGCUCUGAGGAGAAGCUGCUUCUUCUUAAACAAGUGCAGGAGGCCUAUGGAAAAUGCAAAGAGUACGGAGAUGACAAGGUGCAGCUGGCAAUGCAGACGUAUGAGAUGGUAGAUAAGCACAUUCGGAGGUUGGAUACAGACCUUGCCCGUUUUGAGGCUGAUUUGAAGGAGAAACAUAUAGAGUCAAGUGACUACGACAGCUGCUCCAGUAAAGGCAAAAAAAAGGGCAGAGGUCAAAAGGAGAAGAAAGCGGCAAAGAUCAGGUCAAAGGUCAAGAACGCUGAAGAAGAGGCAGCAAAGAAUGGACAGAAGAAGAUCAAACUCAUUCAGACAGCAGAGUAUGGGGCUCCUGCAAGUAACUUCGGAAAGGUUCACCCCUCAGAUGUACUGGAUAUGCCUGUGGACCCCAAUGAGCCCACAUAUUGUCUGUGUCACCAGGUGUCCUAUGGAGAAAUGAUCGGCUGUGACAAUCCAGAUUGCUCGAUUGAGUGGUUUCACUUUGCUUGUGUUGGACUUACCACAAAACCUCGUGGGAAAUGGUUUUGUCCUCGAUGUUCCCAAGAGCGGAAGAAGAAAUAAGGACUAAGUGAACUUUUAUGGGGAAGCCAGGUGGCCUUUACUGUUGGAAGCCGUGGUUUCCAGCUUUUAUCACUUGCAUUUGGUUCCCCAGUCUUUUCCUUGUUUCAUCAGCUGGUGUUCCUCUUGGAGUGUGUAA